CGCCACUUGUGUGUGAGACGAGAAGCUUGCCUGAGCGCUUUCGUAACUGGAAAGGGACAAUUAAAAAAAAGCAGCAACGUUUUUUCCUGACAUUAGGUACAUCCUGGUCUGGUGAAAAUGCCGAGCACUCGCUCUCAGAGACAACCAACCCUUCAGUUCCCCAAGCGCAAGUCCUCCAGAAUCACUUCCCAACCCAAAAGUUUAUCUCGGCCCGACCCGGAGCAUGCCCUGGAUCCCCGGACCAUCCCUUUAUCUCCCAGAAAGACAAACGUGGGGGUCAGAAGUGUCCCUCUUUCCCCCAUGAAGCCGGUUUCGGGCGUCCAAAACAUUUCGCUUUCUCCCAGAAAACCAAGCGUUACAGACAUCCGGGCCGUUCCCCUGUCCCCGCAACACCACACGCUCCAAAGCAUGCGUCCAUCCGAGAGACUCCCUCUGAGCCCCAGAAAGCGUACAGGUGAUGAGAACAGAUGCAACCUGCCACAGUCUUUACUUGGUUCUCCUCCUAAACAGAGAUGCCCCUCACUAGGCUCUCCUCGCAAGCUGUCCUUUAACGAGAACACCCCCGUCUUCACAUCUCCUCCACGGGCUGCCCCGGUGGACUUUAAAGUCCCCAUUUCACCCGCAGUUUGUCCUUCUCCCAAAUGCUUGAAAGAACCUGCCAAAGCAGAGUCUGAUGCGCCAGAGAGGGCGCCGACCCCUGUUGCCAAAAAAUCGCAGUACCAGUGUGUGAAACAGGCUCUUCACACAGCCGUGCCUGAGCGACUGCUCUCUCGAGAGACGGAGCGAGGGGUUAUCGUGUCCUUCCUGGAGAAACAUGUGGUACCGGGUAAGCCGUCUAGCUUGUACAUCUCUGGAGCUCCUGGAACGGGGAAGAGUGCCUGCUUGAACUGUGUGCUUCAAGAACGCAAGGAUUUGCUAAAAGGAGUGCAGACUGUGGUGAUUAACUGCAUGACCCUGCGUAGCUCACAUUCGAUCUUCCCCCUUCUGGCUGAAAAACUGGGAACGUCCAGAGGUUACAGCAACGGCAAGCUUGAGAAACUGCUGACCAGUUCGGGCCCCACUGUUCUGUUGGUUCUGGAUGAGAUGGAUCAGCUGGACAGCAAAGCCCAAGACGUCCUCUAUACCAUCUUUGAAUGGCCUUAUCUUCCUAAGUCGCGGCUGUGUCUUAUUGGUAUUGCAAACGCACUCGACCUGACGGACCGUAUUUUGCCCAGACUGCAGGCGAAGCCCCACUGCAGACCGCAGCUGCUUCACUUUCCACCGUACAGUCGCCAGGAGCUGGCAGCCAUCGUCCAGGACCGGCUCACACAGGUGACGGGAGAAGGGGUCCUCGACGCUGCUGCUGUUCAGUUUUGUGCCAGAAAGGUGUCCGCAGUCUCGGGAGACGCUAGAAAAGCAUUGGACAUCUGCAGGCGAGCUGUAGAGAUGGUGGAGUCUAACGCCCGUUCCAGAACGUCUCCUGAAUCAGCAAACACUAACACAAAAGCUUCACGUGUAAGUGUUCCUCAGGUUGCACGGGUGCUGUCGGAGGUGUAUGGAGACCGCAUGGCCUCCAGCGGGGGAGAGGAAGGAGAAAGCUUCCCUCUGCAGCAGAAAUUGCUGGUCUGCUGCUUGCUCCUGCUUACACGCAACGGCAAGAGCCGAGAGAUCCAGCUGGGCAAGCUGUGCGAGACGUACAGUAAGCUGUGCCAGCAGAGGCAGGUCAGUGGUGUGGGCCAAGGCGAGUGUCUCUCACUCUGCAGUUUACUAGAGAGCAGAGGCAUCUUCUCUCUCAAGAAGGCCAAGGAAGCACGACUCACCAAGAUCUCUCUGAAGAUUGAAGAGAAGGAUGUAGAGAACGCGUUGAAGGAUCGUGCGUUUCUGGGAAGCAUCCUGGCUGCGGGUCUGCCGUGAUCUCCUUUAACACACCUAUAAUACUCCUCCAUCCGCCAUCAUGUUACCUUGAGACCUUCGCUUUUCACUAUUUAUUUUAAUGCUUUUUUUUUAAAUGCUUUUUUUUUUUUUUAUGGAGAAGGUCUUUGCUUUUUUUUUAUUAUUAUUGAGAUUAAGUGUACAUUUACGUUUAUAUGUAAAUAAAUGUACAGGAUUUUAAAGUUCAA